AUUCUUUUCAAAUUUAUGGUGAAAUUUUUCCCAGUGGAUCCCGGACACCUGAGAGAUGAGCUGACAAGGUAUCUAUUUGCCCUUCAAAUCAAGAAGGAUCUGGCCCAAGGAAGGCUUCCGUGCAGUGACAAUUGCACAGCCCUGCUGGUGUCUCACAUUUUACAAUCGGAGCUGGGUGACUUUCAUGAAGAAACAGACAGGAAGCAUCUGGAACAAAACCACUACUUACCUAACCAGGGUGGCUUAGACAGCAAGAUCCUGCACUUUCAUCAAAGACAUAUUGGUAAGAGCCCGGCAGAAUCGGACAUCCAACUACUGGACAUAGCAAGGAAGCUUGAAAUGUAUGGGAUCAGACCUCACCCUGCCAGCGAUGGUGAAGGGACUCAGAUUCAUUUGGCCGUUGCCCACAUGGGAGUGCUGGUAUUACGGGGGAAUACAAAGAUCAAUACUUUCAACUGGGCUAAAAUCCGUAAGCUGAGUUUUAAGAGAAAGCAUUUUCUUAUCAAACUCCAUGCGAACAUUUCGGUGUUGUACAAGGACACAUUGGAGUUUACCAUGGCCAGUAGGGAUGCGUGCAAAGCCUUCUGGAAGACAUGUGUUGAGUACCAUGCCUUUUUUAGACUCUCUGAAGAACCCAAAUCAAAGCCCAAGACACUCUUCUGCAGUAAGGGCUCGAGUUUCCGCUAUAGUGGAAGAACCCAAAGGCAACUUUUGGAAUAUGGGAAAAAAGGCAGGCUGAAGAGCUUACCCUUUGAGAGGAAACAUUACCUGCCUCAAUACCAUGAGCGACAGUGUAGGUCAUCCCCGGAUCUCCUCUCCGAUGUGGCCAAGCAGGUUGAAGAUCUGCAUCUCGUGUACGGUGGUGGGUGUUACCGCAGCGUGAAUGGAGUGCAUGCAUCGGAGCCCACGCUCGACAGCAGGAGGAGGAAUUCCACAGUGGAGGUGACGUUUGCAGCUGAGUUUGAGCGUUCCAAACCGGAAGCUGACCCAACGCUUCUGCACCAGUCCCAGAGCAGCUCAACUUUCCCUUUCAUUUAUACCAAACCUGAGUUCAGCCCUGAUCCUGAGCCUGAUGACUUCUACAGGCAGAAGAGCCCUCUCAACUCCUUCCAGACAAGCUCCAAGUUUGCUGAAGGUAACACGAGCACAUCUGGGAACACAAGAGGGGUCGUCCCCCCAAGGCAGCAGCUAACCUAUACAGAUCUACCUUAUAUUCCCCAUGUCAGGCAGCAGGUUGACGUUGCACCUCCACAAGUCUUUUUUUACGUGGACCAGCCACCGCAGGUACCCAGGCACUCUCCAGCCAUGGCCGCUUUAGGGAAGGCAGCCCAAAGAAGCCCUCACGAUGCCAGAAGGGAUACCUUUCAGCAUGACUUUCAGGAACUAGAAGAAGCCCUAGCCAGGACUAGCAGUGGGGACAGCCCUAACAUGGGUGUGGAAGAUGAUGACAGAACUCUGGAAGAUGCCUUUGAGUACAGAGUUCAAGAGCAAACCCCAAAACGGUCUCACAGCCAUUCAGAUGUGAAAACCAUCCGCUUUCCCUUUGGGUCAGAGUUCCAACCCCUGGGGCCUUGCCCUGCUCUAAGUCGAAAAGCUGAUUUCUUCACGUACAUGUUUGCCCAGCAGGAAUUUCCAGAGGUCUUGAGGAGUCAGAGUGCAGCUGAACAGUAUUUAGGUAGUGAAUCCAGUGAUUCAGAACCAGAGAUGCUUCACCCAGACUACUACGCUCUGUAUGACAAAACGGCAAGAUCGCCCAUGGCCAGAAUCCGUUUGUCUUCUGGUAGUCUCCAACUAGAUGAAACAGAUGAGGAGGUGUCUUUUACUACACCUGCUGCUCAAUCAGGCAGGACCGCACUGAAACCACGCAAUUAUUUUUUAGCGUGACAGACCCAGUUUUAAAAAUGAUUUUCUUUCUGGCAAAAUAUUUUCAAC